GCUCAUAAGUACUACAGCAGAGGAGAAGAGAUUGCAAAGCUUCUUAUGCCUUUUCUUGACAACCUUGUUGCCUCUGAUGCGUCUCCUAACGAAUUUCUUAACAAUGGCUUUGAAGAGUUAUCUCAAUACAUUGAUGAGCUAAGAGAGCAGUUUGAGAGCUGGCAACCUCUUUCAAGUAGAAUCUUUUAUGUUCUUAGAAUUGAAUCAUUAGCAUCAAAGAUGAGGGAAUCAAGUUUGGAAAUCUUUCAGCUUCUCAAACACUUACCUGGUGAUUUGGUUUCAGAGGACUGCAUAGAACUGGUGAAGUUAGUGGGAAGAGAGGAAGUUUCGUAUACUAUUGAUCGAGCUCUGAUAGAUCAAAGAAAAGGUGUUGAACUUACUCCAGAGGUUCUGCUGAAAAUUGCUGAGAGUGUUGGUUUGAGAUCAAACCAGGAUAUUCUGAUCGAAGGUGUGGUACUUACAAACUUGAAGGAAGAUGCUAAGCUUGUCAAGAACAACAUCAAAGCUGGUUUUAUAAAGGGAUUGAUGUAUCUGACCAAACAAAUGCAUGAUUACCUUGCCAAGAUAGAGCAGUCUCAGUUACCUUCCGACUUUUUCUGCCCUCUAUCACUUCAGCUUAUGACUGAUCCUGUCACUGUGGCAUCUGGUCAAACAUAUGAACGGGCUUUUAUCGAAAAAUGGUUUGACACGGGACUCAUGGUUUGUCCAAAGACAAGGCAGGCUUUGUCUCAGACCACUUUGACACCUAACUUCACUGUCAAGGCAUUCAUUGCCAACUGGUGUGAAUCAAACAAUGUCAAUCCUCCUGAUCCUUUGGAGUUGAUUCAAUCAAAUCAGCCUUUCCCUCUUCUUGUUGGAUCAGGUUCAAGAGGUUCUCUGCCUCUUCCUGUAAUGGAUGAUACACUUAAGUGCAACCAUACAGAAUCUGUAGAUGCUAGCAAAUGCGAGGAGCUGCAUCAGGUCUUAACUAGGUCUGCUUCUGCACCAGGCAUUGUCUCUAAAGUGGUUUCCAAAGCCAAUAGAUCGAUCUUACAGGCACCGGUUGAAACUGUUCCUCAGCCCUGUAUCAUCCCAGCUACCAUAAAAGAAACUGGAAGCAGUUCAAAUAUGGAAGCAGAAGAAACUGGAGGCAGUUCAAGUAUGGAAGUAGAGGUGAAGAAACUGAUUCAGGAUCUCAAGAGUUCUUCGUUAGAUGCACAAAGAGAGGCCACAGCUCAGCUCAGGCUACUGACAAAAGACAUUCCAGACAACCGCACUGUGAUUGCAAGGUGCGGAGCAAUCGCUGCGUUAGUCAAUAAGCUUUACUCCAUGGACAAGAUGAUCCAAGCGGACGCUGUGACAUGCUUGCUCAACUUAUCCCUCGACGACAGCAACAAAACCGUCAUCGCGUAUAGUGGAGUAUUCAAGCCGCUCGUUCACGUUCUCAAGACAGGAAACAUGGAAGCCAAAGAGAACUCAACGAGAGCUCUAGUGAGCUUGUCUAAAGCCGAAGAGAACAGGACAAAGAUGCUAGAAGCAGGAGCUAUAGAGCCACUUGUUAGGCUCAUGGGUAAUGGAAGUCCCAGAGGGAAGAAAGACGCAGCCACGGCUCUAACCAACCUCGCCACGCGCAACAAGGAGAAAGAGAUGGUGAUCAGAGGUGGAGGAGUUAGGUACUUGAUCCAGAUGAUGAAUCCUGCUGCUGGAACGGUGGAGAGAGCUGUGGUUGUGUUGGCUAAUCUUGCAAACGUGCCAGAAGCAAAGAUUGCGAUUAGAGAUGGAGGAGGGAUACCACUAUUGGUGGAGGUUGUUGAGUUGGGUUCACCAAGAGGACAAGAGAAUGCAGCUGCAGCACUUUGCCUGCUUUGUAUGGAUAGCUCAAGAUUCUGCAACACUGUCAUAAGAGAAGGUGCUAUUCCACCUCUCGUGGCUCUUACUAGAUCAGGAACAGCUAGAGCCAAAGAGAAGGCAAAGAGUCUUCUGAAGUACUUUGAAGCCUUAAAACAAGAGAACCAGAGGCGAAGCUGAUCUUAAUUUACUUUGCAGGUUUUACUACUAACCUAUAGAAUUAUGAUACAUCUACAUGUAUAUGAUGGUAUAUUAU